AUGCUUGCCGAUCACGACGCCCGCCACAGUUAUGCCGAGACCAACGGAACUUUUGGCGCCAACUUCAGCCUGUUUGAUGACACGCGGCUGACGUCCAUCUUGAAACGUGGUGGCAGCAAUGACAGCACGAAGAUUAAAGAACUCCUGAGGGCUUUGGAGGAUAUGAGGAACUUGUACAAUAUAUCUGUUACGAAAGAGUGCCACCGUUCGGAAUAUUGUACAGGCGAAUUUAGAGAUGUUUUAUUAGCAUAUAACCGCAUCCACGGCUAUGUUAGUUUACUGAUCUGUCUUUUUGGUAGCCUAGCGAAUGCUUUUAAUGUGGUCGUGCUGACUCGGCGUGAUUUAGCCACAGCACCCAUAAAUCGUCUCCUAAAAUGGCUUGCUGUGGCCGACGUCUUCGUUAUGCUUGAGUACGUGCCUUUCACCGUUUACAGGUAUAUGUUGCUGCCACGGCAAGAGGAACGACCGUAUGCGUGGGCCGUAUAUAUGCUCUUCCAUAUGCAUUUCACCCAACUCUUGCACACUGCAUCCAUACUGCUUACACUGUCCCUCGCGAUAUGGCGGUACAUUGCAAUCAAGUAUCCUUCUCAUGGACCUUCUUUAUGUACCGAUCGGCGCUGCUCAAUAGCUAUUUUGAUAAGCUUUCUAUUGCCGCCAAUCCUAUGCAUACCAUCAUACUUUGUAUUCACGAUACACAACGACGUCUCCAUCGACAAAAGUGCCACUAAGGUUGCGUCUAAAGUUUACUACGUCGAUUCAAAUUAUGAUGGAGUGCUUUACCAGCUCAACUUUUGGGUUCACGCCGUGUUCAUAAAGCUGUUACCGUGCGUGAUACUGACCAUCAUCAGCGCCUGGCUGAUACGCGUUCUGUAUCGGGCGAACAGCCGGAAGAGAAUGCUGAAGGGCUAUAACGCUUGCCCCGCCCCCACAGUGGUCAAUGGGAAUGGCAAUGUCUUCACCAGGAAGCCCACGAAACGUUCCAAGGCCGAAAAAAGAACCGACCGCACUACAAAGAUGCUGGUUGCCGUUCUCCUGUUGUUUCUAUUGACAGAAUUUCCACAGGGCAUCCUAGGUCUAAUGAGCGGAGUGUUGGGUCGGUGCUUUUUCAAAAGGUGCUACGACCUUUUCGGGGAGUUAAUGGAUGCUUUGGCCCUUCUAAAUGGCGCCAUAAAUUUUAUCCUCUACUGCUCGAUGUCAAGACAAUUCCGGACAACCUUUGGCCAGAUUAUACGUAAUCGCUGCACAUCGGCACCAAGAGCUGGCUCGCACACAGAACUGCAAACAACAUACGUC